CACAGACAGUAUGAUUCGAGUGGGAGGAGACUACCAGGCACAGAUACCUGAGUUCAACCCAGGUACCGGAGGGAGGGAGGGAGGGGGGAUGGAGGGAGGAUGGGAGGGAGGGAGGGGGGAUGGAGGGAGGGAGGGGGGGGGGGGGGGGGUUUGAUUAUUUGGCUGUGUAUGUGACAGAAGAAGUGAGAGAAAAUAAGGGAUGUAUGACUAACGUGUGUGUGUGUGUGUGUGUGUGUGUGCAGACAGUCCAAGCCACUACAAUGAGAAGGAGCAGAGGAGUAUGCUGGUGUGGUGCCCCAACAGCCUCGUCUCCGACGCCAUGUGUAAACACACACACACACACAUACACACACACACACACACACACACACACACACAUACACACCACACUAUACUAUUAGCUAACAGUUUUUUUCUUCUCUCUCUCUGCUCUCUGCAUUCUCUCUCUCUGCAUUCUCUCUCUCUGCUCUCGCUCUCUCUGCUCUCUGCUCUCUGCUCUCUGCUCUCUUUCUCUCUGCUCUGUCUCUCUGAUCUCUCUGCUCUGCGCUCGCUCUCUCUGCUCUCUGCUCUGUCUCUCUGAUCUCUCUCUCUGCGCUCGCUCUUUGCGCUCUCUCUGCGCUCUCUCAUUUUCUCUUUCUCUUUCUCUCUCUCUCUCUCUCACUGCUAUCUUUCUCUGCUCGCUCUCUGCUCUCUGCUCUCUCUCAGUGGAUGAAUAUAUUCUGAUGGCUAAAGAGAAGCAUGGCUACAACAUGGAGCAGGUAACAGUCAGUCAAUCAAACUGUAUUGACAAUGCCUUUGUCACAAUACAAAAAUAUAAACAUAUAAGGAAAUAAGUCAAUUGACAUCAAUUCAUUAGGCACUAAACUAUGGAUUUCACAUGACUGGGAAUACAGAUAUGCAUCUGUGUGUCACAGAUAUCUUAAAAAUCGUAGGGCGUGGAUCAGAAAACCAGUCAGUAUGUGGUGUGACCACCAUUUGCCUCAUGCAGCGUGACACAUCUCCUUCACAUAGAGUUGAUCAAGGCUGUUGAUUCUGGCCUGUGGAAUGUUUUCCCACUUCUCUUCAAUGGCUGUGCGAAGUUGCUGGAUAUUGGUUGGGAACUGGAACAAGCUGUUGUACACGUCGAUCCAGAGCAUCCCAAACAUGCUCAAUGGGUGACAUGUCUGGUGAGUAUGCAGGCCAUGGAAUUGUGUACAGAUCCUUGUGACAUGGGGCCGUGCAUCUUCAUGCUGAAACAUGAAGUGUUGGCGGCGGAUGAAUGGCACGACAAUGGGCCUCAGGAUCUCGUCACGGUAUCUCUGUGCAUUCAAAUUGCCAUUGGUAAAUUGAAAUUGUGUUAAUUGUCCGUAGCUUAUACCUGCCCAUACCAUAACCCCCCCGCCACCAUGGAGCACUCUGUUCACAACGUUGACAUCAGCAAACCGCUCGCCCACACAACGCCAUACAUGUUCUGCGGUUGUGAGGCCGGUUGGACGUGCUGCCAAUUUCUCUAAAACGAUGUUGGAGAUGGUAUAUGGUAGAGAAAUGAACAUUAAAUUAUCUGGCAACAGCUCUAGUAGACAUUCCUGCAGUCAGCAUGCCAAUUACACGUUCCCCGCAAAUUGAGACAUCUGUGGCAUUGUGUUGUGUGACAAAACGGCAAAUUUUUUUAAAUUGCAUUUUAUUGGCCCCCAGCACAAGGUGCACCUGUGUAAUGAUCAUGCUGUUUAAUCGGCUUCUUGAUAUGCUACACCUGUCAGGUGGAUGGAUUAUACUGACAAUGGAGAAAUGCUCACUAACAGGGAUGUAAACAAGUGUGUGCACAUUUAAGAGAAAUAAGCUUUUUGUGCGUCUGGAAAAUGUAUUGGAUCUUUUAUUUCAGCUCAUGAAACAUACAGUUGUAGUCGGAAGUUUACAUACACUUAGGUUGGAGUCAUUAAAACUCGAUUUUCAACCACACCACCAAUUAAUUUUUAACAAACUAUAGUUUUGGCAAGUCGGUUAGGACAUCUACUUUGUGCAUGACACAAGUAAUUUUUCCAACAAUUGUUUACAGACAGAUUAUUUCACUUAUAAUUCACUGUAUCACAAUUCCAGUGGGUCAGAAGUUUACAUACACUAAGUUGACCGUGCCUUUUAAACAGCUUGGAAAAUUCCAGAAAAUGAUGUCAUGGCUUUAGAAGCUUCUGAUAAGCUAAUUGACAUCAUUUGAGUCAACUGGAGGUGUACCUGUGGAUGUAUUUCAAGGCCUACCUUCAAACACAGUGCCUCUUUGCUUGACAUCAUGGGAAAAUCAAAAGAAUCAGCCAAGACCUCAGAAAAAAGUCUGGGUCAUCCUUGGCAGCAAUUUCCAAACGCCUGAAGGUACCACGUUCAUCUGUACAAACAAUAGUACGCAAGUAUAAACACCAUGGGACCACGUAGCCGUCAUACCGCUCAGGAAGGAGACGUGUUCUGUCUCCUAGAGAUGAACGUACUUUGGUGCGAAAAGUGCAAAUCAAUCCCAGAACAACAGCAAAGGACCUUGUGAAGAUGCUGGAGGAAACAGGUACAAAAGUAUCUAUAUCCACAGCAAAACGAGUCCUAUAUCGACAUAACCUGAAAGGCCGCUCAGCAAGGAAGAAGCCACUGCUCCAAAACCGCCAUAAAAAAGCCAGACUAGGGUUUGCAACUGCACAUGGGGACAAAGAUCGUACUUUUUGGAGAAAUGUCCUCGUGUCUGAUGAAACAAAAAUAGAACUGUUUGGCCAUAAAGACCAUCGUUAUGUUUGGAGGAAAAAGGGGGUAGCUUGAAAGCCGAAGAACACCAUCCCAACGUGAAGCACGGGGGUGGCAGCAUCAUGCUGUGGGGGUGCUUUGCUGCAGGAGGGACUGGUGCACUUCACAAAAUAGAUUUUUAUUUUUUAUUUUUUUUUUGGUCAUUUAGCAGACGCUCUUAUCCAGAGCGACUUACAGAUGGCAUCAUGAGGAAGGAAAACAUCUCAAGACAUCAGUCAGGACGUUAAAGCUUGGUCGCAAAUGGGUCUUCCAAAUGGACAAUGACCCCAAGCAUACUUCCAAAGUUGUGGCAAAAUGGCUUAAGGACAACAAAGUCAAGGUAUUGGAGUGGCCAUCACAAAGCCCUGACCUCAAUCCUAUAGAAAAAGCGUGUGCGAGCAAGGAGGCCUACAAACCUGACUCAGUUACACCAGCUCUGUCAGGAGGAAUGGGCCAAAAUUCACCCAACUUAUUGUGGGAAGCUUGUGGAAGGCUAACCGAAACGUUUGACCCAAGUUAAACGAUUUAAAGGCAAUGCUACCAAAUACUAAUUGAGUGUAUGUAAACUUCUGACCCACUGGGAAUGUGAUGAAAGAAAUAAAAGCUGUAAUAAAUCAUUCUCUCUAAUAUUAUUCUGACAUUUCACAUUCUUAAAAUAAAGUGGUGAUCCUAACUGACCUAAGACAGGGAAUUUUUACAUUUUACAUUUGAGUCAUUUAGGAGACGCUCUUAUCCAGAGCGACUUACAGUUAGUGAAUGCGUACAUGUUUUUUUUCAUUGUUUCUUUUCAUACUGGCCCCCCGUGGGAAACGAACCCACAUCCCUGCCGGCCAAACCCUCCCCUACCUUGGACGACGCUGGACCAAUUGUGCGCCGCCCAUGGGUCUCCCGGUCGCGGCCGGCUGCGACAGAGCCUGGACUCGAACCAGGAUCUCUAGUGGCACAGCUAGCACUGCGAUGCAGUGCCUUAGACCACUGCGCCACUCGCUAGGAUUAAAAUGUCAGGAAUUGUGAAAAACUGAGUUUAAAUGUAUUUGGCUAAAAGGUGUAUGCAAACUUCCCACUUCCACUGUAGGACCAACACUUUACAUGUUGCAUUUAUGUUUUUGUUCACUGUAGUUAGCUCAUAGGGCUCUGGUCAAAUAUAAUGCCCUAUAUGGGGAAUAGCUCUGUCUUCCUCCCCUGGGUCUAAAUGUCACUGCUCUCUCUCUCUCCAGGCCCUGGGUCUAAAUGUCACUGCUCUCUCUCUCUCCAGGCCCUGGGUCUAAAUGGCACUGCUCUCUCUCUCUCCAGGCCCUGGGUCUAAAUGUCACUGCUCUCUCUGUCUGUCUCUCCAGGCCCUGGGUCUAAAUGUCACUGCUCUCUCUCUCUCCAGGCCCUGGGUCUAAAUGGCACUGCUCUCUCUCUCUCCAGGCCCUGGGUCUAAAUGUCACUGCUCUCUCUGUCUGUCUCUCCAGGCCCUGGGUCUAAAUGUCACUGCUCUCUGUCUCCAGGCCCUGGGUCUAAAUGUCACUGCUCUCUCUCUCUCCAGGCCCUGGGUCUAAAUGGCACUGCUCUCUCUCUCUCCAGGCCCUGGGUCUAAAUGUCACUGCUCUCUCUGUCUGUCUCUCCAGGCCCUGGGUCUAAAUGUCACUGCUCUCUCUGUCUGUCUCUCCAGGCCCUGGGUCUAAAUGUCACUGCUCUCUCUGUCUCUCCAGGCCCUGGGUCUAAAUGUCACUGCUCUCUGUCUGUCCAGGCCCUGGGUCUAAAUGUCACUGCUCUCUCUCUCCAGGCCCUGGGUUUAAAUGUCACUGCUCUCUCUGUCUGUCUCUCCAGGCCCUGGGUCUAAAUGUCACUGCUCUCUCUCUCUCUCCAGGCCCUGGGUCUAAAUGUCAACUGCUCUCUCUGUCUGUCUCUCCAGGCCCUGGGUCUAAAUGUCACUGCUCUCUCUGUCUGUCUCUCCAGGCCCUGGGUCUAAAUGUCACUGCUCUCUCUUUCUCUCUCUCCAGGCCCUGGGUCUAAAUGUCACUGCUCUCUCUUUUUCUCUCUCCAGGCCCUGGGUCUAAAUGUCACUGCUCUCUCUCUCUCUCUCUCUCUCCAGGCCCUGGGUCUAAAUGUCACUGCUCUCUCUGUCUGUCUCUCCAGGCCCUGGGUCUAAAUGUCACUGCUCUCUCUGUCUGUCUGUCCAGGCCCUGGGUCUAAAUGUCACUGCUCUCUCUUUCUCUCUCUCCAGGCCCUGGGUCUAAAUGUCACUGCUCUCUCUGUCUGUCUCUCCAGGCCCUGGGUCUAAAUGUCACUGCUCUCUCUUUCUCUCUCUCCAGGCCCUGGGUCUAAAUGUCACUGCUCUCUCUUUCUCUCUCUCCAGGCCCUGGGUCUAAAUGUCACUGCUCUCUCUGUCUCUCUCUCCAGGCCCUGGGUCUAAAUGUCACUGCUCUCUCUUUCUCCUCUCUCCAGGCCCUGGGUCUAAAUGUCACUGCUCUCUCUUUCUCUCUUCCAGGCCCUGGGUCUAAAUGUCACUGCUCUCUCUUUCUCUCUCUCCAGGCCCUGGGUCUAAAUGUCACUGCUCUCUGUCUGUCUCUCCAGGCCCUGGGUCUAAAGGGUCACUGCUCUCUUUCUCUCUCUCCAGGCCCUGGGUCUAAAUGUCACUGCUCUCUCUGUCUCUCUCUCCAGGCCCUGGGUCUAAAUGUCACUGCUCUCUCUGUCUCUCUCUCCAGGCCCUGGGUCUAAAUGUCACUGCUCUCUCUGUCUGUCUCUCCAGGCCCUGGGUCUAAAUGUCACUGCUCUCUCUGUCUGUCUCUCCAGGCCCUGGGUCUAAAUGUCACUGCUCUCUCUGUCUGUCUCUCCAGGCCCUGGGUCUAAAUGUCACUGCUCUCUCUGUCUCUCUCUCCAGGCCCUGGGUCUAAAUGUCACUGCUCUCUCUGUCUGUCUCCAGGCCCUGGGUCUAAAUGUCACUGCUCUCUCUGUCUGUCUCUCCAGGCCCUGGGUCUAAAUGUCACUGCUCUCUCUGUCUGUCUCUCCAGGCCCUGGGUCUAAAUGUCACUGCUCUCUCUGUCUGUCUCUCCAGGCCCUGGGUCUAAAUGUCACUGCUCUCUCUGUCUGUCUCUCCAGGCCCUGGGUCUAAAUGUCACUGCUCUCUGUCUGUCUCUCCAGGCCCUGGGUCUAAAUGUCACUGCUCUCUGUCUGUCCAGGCCCUGGGUCUAAAUGUCACUGCUCUCUCUCUCCAGGCCCUGGGUCUAAAUGUCACUGCUCUCUGUCUGUCCAGGCCCUGGGUCUAAAUGUCACUGCUCUCUCUCUCCAGGCCCUGGGUCUAAAUGUCACUGCUCUCUGUCUCUCCAGGCCCUGGGUCUAAAUGUCACUGCUCUCUGUCUCUCCAGGCCCUGGGUCUAAAUGUCACUGCUCUCUGUCUCUCCAGGCCCUGGGUCUAAAUGUCACUGCUCUCUGUCUGUCUCUCCAGGCCCUGGGUCUAAAUGUCACUGCUCUCUCUCUCCAGGCCCUGGGUCUAAAUGUCACUGCUCUCUGUCUGUCUCUCCAGGCCCUGGGUCUAAAUGUCACUGCUCUCUGUCUCUCCAGGCCCUGGGUCUAAAUGUCACUGCUCUCUGUCUCUCCAGGCCCUGGGUCUAAAUGUCACUGCUCUCUGUCUCUCCAGGCCCUGGGACUAAAUGUCACUGCUCUCUGUCUGUCUCUCCAGGCCCUGGGUCUAAAUGUCACUGCUCUCUGUCUGUCUCUCCAGGCCCUGGGUCUAAAUGUCACUGCUCUCUGUCUGUCUCUCCAGGCCCUGGGUCUAAAUGUCACUGCUCUCUGUCUGUCUGUCCAGGCCCUGGGUCUAAAUGUCACUGCUCUCUCUCUCUCCAGGCCCUGGGUCUAAAUGUCACUGCUCUCUCUGUCUGUCUCUCCAGGCCCUGGGUCUAAAUGUCACUGCUCUCUCUGUCUGUCUGUCCAGGCCCUGGGUCUAAAUGUCACUGCUCUCUGUCUGUCUCUCCAGGCCCUGGGGAUGUUGCUGUGGCAUAAACAUGAUGUGGAGUGUUCCCUGGCUGACCUGGCUAACUUCACUCCCUUCCCUGAGGAGUGGACAGUGGAGGACAAGGUUCUGUUUGAACAGGCCUUCAGCUUCCAUGGCAAGAGCUUCCAUCGUAUACAGCAGAUGGUGAGGACACACUUACUGGGGAGCUACACUGGGGCGUUGUGAAAACACUGUUUUACCUGCUACACUGGGGCAGAACUGUUUGUUCUUGCACGUGAGCUGUAUGUCAAGAUCUUGAAAAUAGAACCAGAGUGUAAUUUUAAGCUCUCUCCCCCUCUCCUCCCCCUAUCUCCCCUCUCUCCUCCCUCCUCUCUCCUCCCCUCUCCUCUCUCCCCCCCCCCUCUCCCCUCUCCCCUCCCCUCUCCCCCCUCUCUCCCCCCCCCUCUCCUCUCCCCUCUCCCCCCCCCCCCCCCCCUCUCUCCCCUCUCCCCCUCUCUCCCCUCUCCCCUCUCCCCUCUCCUCUCUCUAGCUGCCUGAUAAGCUGGUCUCAGGCCUGGUCCGGUACUACUACAGCUGGAAGAAGACCAGAACUAGAACCAGCGUUAUGGACCGACAGGCUAGAAGACUGGUCAGAAAGACAGACAAGGAAGAUGGGUGAGGGGGGGGGACAUGGGGGAGAUGGAGAGGAGAGAUGGAGAAGAGAGAGGAUGGGAAGGGGAGAUGGCGAGGAGAGAAGGGGGGAUGGGGGAGAUGGAGAGGAGAGGGAGAGAAGGGGGGGAUGGGGAGAUGGAGAGAAGGGGGGAUGGGGGAGAUGGAGAGGAUAGAGGGGAGAGGAGAGGGAGAGAAGGGGAUAGAGGGAGAUGGAGAGGAUAGAGGGGAGAGGAGAGGGAGAGAAGGGGGGGAUGGGGAGAUGGAGAGGAUAGAGGGGGGGGACAGACAGGCUAGAAGACUGGUCAGAAAGAGAGACGAGGAUGAGGGAGGGAGGGAGGGGUUAGUGAGAUUUGAAAGGGUAAAGAGAUUGAAAGAAGGAAGAAUGUACUAAAUGAAUUGCUCUGUCACUUCUCCAUCCCUUAUUUUCCUCAGUAAUGACGAGAUAGAGGAGGGAGACCCGGGCAGCGACAGCGACUUUGAGAUCGACACCAAGAAAGAGGUGAGCAGAAUGAAGUGUUACUCUUCUCAUGUCUGUGUGCUGACCCUCCCCCGUUCUCUCCCUCCCUCGUUCUCUCCCUCCCCGGUUCUCUCCCUCCCUCCCCCGUUCUCUCCCUCCUCAGACAGUGAAGCAGCAGAGCUCCAGUGGUGCUGGAGGAGAGAGGGGAGCGCCGGGCCGGUCUAACCCACAGAGGAAGGAGUCUGUUGGGGCUCAGUACCGCCACCACCCCCUGAGAGCCCGUCGGAGACCACCUAAAGGUACCUUAUAUACACACACUGGGUUUCUUUAUCCAGAUGUGUGUGUGUGUGUGUGUGUUGGUAUACCGAAACUUCUGUACUUUUUUUUUUCGAUACAAAAAACCCCCCAAAAGUUGUGUUACUAUAAUUUUUGUUACGUUCGGUACUUCUGUAAAAUGUGUCUCACGUGAUUGAGAGGAUCAAGUCUGUAUCAGUGCAGCCUAUUGAUAGUGUGAAGAGCGAAGCGCCCGUUCCACUUCCUCAAUCAUUACUAGAGCGGUCUGGCUGCAUUGUUAGCCCCCUACUUAUGCUGCAUAAAAAUGUACACUUGAAUAACGCAACACGGCAUGUAGAAAUGUUUAAACUGUUCAUUACUGUUCUCAAAACAAUGUCCAUACAGGCUAGAACACUUUUAUAAUGCAAGACGAUACUGGUAGCUUCCAGCUUUGUAGGCUAACUUUAUUUGCUAGCUGACAGCUAAAGCCUUUUUUUUUUUUUUACGUUCCCUAGCAAGACAACCAAAAAUAUCGCUCAAACAGAAGGGGGGAACUAACAAAGCGUCACUGACCGACAACCAAAACGAAACAGGUGGGGUUUUAGGAGGGGUUCUGAAAGACGCUCAUGGGGGUGUCCACUGAAAGUUGACUAGCAACAACAACUGGACCCUAAAAGACACCCACCAUGAGCGGCCACUAAAUUUGCCCACUAAGAGGCAAACAAAAGAAAACUCCACACCAAAACAAAAACAGGGAAGAUCAGACAAAGGAAUGUUUUUCUAGAGAUCAAAUCGGGAGCGACAACUAAAGGUGUUGACCCUCCACAUCUCUCAAGACCAACUGGUGCACUGGGCCAGCCACUCUUAAAUAGCACCUGGGCCAGCACAGGUGAAACCCCUUCCCACUAACAAGAUGGACAAGACAGAACAGGUGUAACACAUACUAACUAACGAGGUGACACCAAACGGUGCGUCCUACGUGCUAACGAGCUAUACGUGCUAAAGUCCAACCUCAAAACAUAAAUGGAAAAACCUAAAGCUAUAACACCUUCCCCCUUAAGACAACAAAUAUAUCCUAGAUUUUUGUUGGACAAGUUUGCUCACCACCAACAGAAAACGACUUCCAUCUCACAACAUAAUCAACUUCAAUGCCUCCUCCAAUAUAAACAUGGUGUCUAUUGGCUGUCAACAAUUAAAUGCCAGACAGAACAGCCACCUUUUUGUUUAGUUUUUUAAAUGUAUAUAGGCUUUGUUUUUUGUUUGUAUUUUCCAAUAUUUCUUAUUUACCUUUUUUUUGUUUUUGGACAUAGUUGCCUAAAACUCAGAAGUUUUGAGAAAAAAAAACACGUACGCUUCUAUAACGCAAAACGUACUGUCAAAAUAAAUUGUGAGUCAGGGCUACACACACUGGCUAAACACAAAACACAACGUAUCGACUGCCCACCCUUGGAAGACAAUCAGCAACCAAGUUGUCCUUACUACGGACAUGUCUGAACUGGCUAAAACACAAAACACAACGUAUCGACUGCCCACCCUUGGAAGACAAUCAGCAACCAAGUUGUCCUUACUACGGACAUGUCUGAACUGGCUAAAACACAAAACACAACGUAUCGACUGCCCACCCUUGGAAGACAAUCAGCAACCAAGUUGUCCUUACUACGGACAUGUCUGAUUUCAAGGGGAAACUCCUGCAAUAUCCGUAGUAACUUUCCUCUCGUGAGGAAAGUUACCACGUCACUGCAGAGCUUCUCUCUCUUUUCAGGGUUCACUCGAUAGACAUGUUGUUGGAUCUGGGCUGAGUCCCCAACGUCAAUGUCAUGCUCUAGUACAUUUUGUCUUGAGUUGGCACAUCCUGAGAGUAAACCUGAUAUUCUAAAAAGUAGUGAAACAAUGUCGCCUUUUUCCUCUGGAGACAAGUGUGGCAAAAAUACAUCAAGGUUUUCUAGAAUAUCUUGAGUUACUGAACCAUACCAACCGUCACACAGGAUGUACUGGACUUUCCUCAUACUCUUGAGGAAGACUAUAGUCAACGGUGACAGCAGUGGCCACAGGCAGAACAUCAUCCACUGUCUUCCCCGCCCGGUCGUAGCGGGUCAAGUAUGAUUUGAACAUGUUGACAUGACACAGCCAGGUUUUUCUCCUGCGCUCCUGUGAGCCGAUGAUGUAAUCCAGAUGACUUAAUUUAUUUCACUAUGGGGUAAGGGACUGAAAAGCAACCCUGCAACGGUGACCCCAGAACGGGAAACAAAACCAGGACUUGGUCAUCCACAUCGGAAGUGCAGUUUCGGGGGUCUUCCAAUCGUAACAACAUUUCAUUUUUGUUUGCGCCAUCUCUUGAUUCUUAGUGGCAAACUCACAGGCGCGGUGUAAUCUGUAUCGAAAAGCGCUAACGUGCUCCAACAGAUUUGCAACAGUCACAGCUUGGUUCGGUUUACUCGUCUGCUGGCAAAUGCGGCAGGAUUUACAGUAAGCCACAACAUCCUGUUUCAGACCAGGCCAGAAGAAGUUAUGCAAGAUACGGUCAUACAUCUUGUUGACCCCAAGAUGGCCUGCCGUACUACCAUUGUGAUCCAACCUCAGUAUCUCUUGUCAAAGCGUAACUGGAACAACAAUUUCAGAUACACUGGGCCAAUCGUCUUGCCCAGAAGUGGUGUGAGCGCCAUCUCCUCAUCAGAACACCAUCUCCGUCAGAGUAACCCACACGAACUUCAUCAAACUCCUCCUCUGGACGUAUCUCAGCAAAAAGAGGAGAGAGGGAAACAUAAUUUCUCUGUUCAGCAAUCGGCUGCUUCCUAGACAUUGAAGUGUCAACUGUAGGGACCCUUUCUUCCUUCAGAGGUCCUACAAACUCACUCACCUUUGGGGAGAUCAACUUAGGAGGUUCUAUUUAUUUUAAUUGUUUUGUACUUUUACCCCUUUUUUUCUCUCACUAAUUUCGUGAUAUCCAAUCGGUAGUUACAGUCUUGUUCCAUCGCUGCAACUCCCUGUACGGACUUGGGACAGGCGAAGGUCGAGAGCCAUGCGUCCUCCGAAACACGACCCCGCCAAGCCUCACUGCAUUUUGUCACACUGCUCACUUAACCCAGAAGCCGUACAGCUGGCGACCGUAGUCAGCGUGCACGCGCCCGGCCCGCCACGAGGAGUCGCUAGAGCGCGAUGAUACAAGGACAUCCCCGGCCGGCCGGCCCUCCCCUAACCCGGAUGACGCUGGGCCAAUUGUGCGCCGCCUCAUGGGUCUCCUGGUCGCGGCCGGCUGCUGCCUGGGAUCGAACCAAGGUCUCUAGUGAUGCCUCUAGCUGCGAUGCAGUGCCUUAGACCGCUGCGCCACUCGGGAGGCUCAACUUAGGAGGUUCACCGAAAUCAUGAUCACCCAUAAACGUCUCAGACAGAUCAACCAUGGUGGGAUCGCUGACAUCCUCAACACCAGACUUGCUCCCGGCGACUUUCUUAGACAUUACCACGUGGAACGGCACACGCUGGGACUUCUCUGAUAACCCAUCAGGUUCCUCUACUCUGAGUUCCUUACAAACGACAGGAUUUGGCACGACCUUCCCUCCAUCCUAAUCGUUUCCCAAAAUGAAUGAGAACCCCUUCGCCGGUAGGCCUCGCUCCCACGACAACGGAAACCAGAAAUAAGAGCAGACUAGAGUUCCACAUUCUACAAAGGAACUUCCAUGCAACUCAUCUGCAUGCUUUGUACUGACGCACUGUAACCAGUUGCUGAAGUGUCAGACAAAGGCAGAAUACCCUCCAACAUGAAGGAUUGGGCCGGCCCAGUGUCUCGCAGUGUCGUCACCGGCUGCCUAACAUCAUCGAUAAUCUGCAGACACACAAAUCCAUCUGAAACAAAGGGUUCAUACACAUCUUGAUCCUAAAUGCUGUUUAGGAGAUCCACCAGUCCCAACCAGAGACUUAAUGGCCUGGAGUGCUCCCACAAGAAGAAACAGCUUUUUCCUCUCAUUUUUCAGUUUCAACUUAGGACACAGAGAGACAAUGUGUCCUUUCUCACGGCAGUAAUUACAAACUGGUGGAUACGGAAAAAAACAGUUUUUCUGUCGAUUUUUAUCUUUGGGCACUGAAGAAAUGGACUGAAACCUCGCAGUAGGAUGUGACUUCACUGGAUCGCUUUUUGCAUAGGGGGUAACUACUGGGUGCUUUGUUGGUCAACACAUUCAUCUGCAAGAACUGCAGCUUUCUCAGGAGUGAGAUCCUUGUGCUCAUAAAUGUAGGUCGCAAGACCUUGAAGGCAAUUCUUGAACCGCUUGAGAAGUAUGAGCGUCUUUAAAUCUUCAAGGUCCUUGACCUCUUGAGAACCACCAACCAAAAAUACAUGCUUGUUCCCUUGCCAACUCAACAUGGCUUUGUGAUUGUCACUUUUAUAAUUCACAUCAAUUCACUUCCCUAGUACUUUUGUUUGUGAUAAUAGGCAUUCCCUAGUACUUUUGUUUGUGAUAAUAGGCAAACCAUAACGCAAAAUAAGAUUAUUUCAAAGCUGAUCGUCACCAAAAAUGUUAUUAAUUCACUUCGUCUCCCUCACCACCAAAACCUCAUUCACUUCAUCUCCCUCGGCUCCCGUCUGGUUUCCACUAGAUUCCACAUUCUGCCUCAUGCAUGACCUCAAUACUUUCUUAAAGAAACACUUUUAUAAAAGAAGAGAUUGCUUCUUCUAUGCAAAUGUUGUUGAUCUGUUUAAUAAAAUAAUAUCUCCUAGCAGUUGCCAAUAAAGUAAGUCCUAAAUGGAGGGGAUUGUUUUGUCAUCUGUAGCCCCAUGAAAUCAGCUAAAACAAGCUCAAUAACUCAAUGCAUGCACACACUCCUAUUGAAUGAUAUUAAUUCACCUGUAUUGUGGAUAGACCUAGGCUACAUCUUGGUUUAUCCAUAGAGAUUUACCAUUCAAAUAAAUGAUUACCAUUACGUUAUGAUGUAGUUUGGUAAAAACAAAGUCAAAUUGAUUGUAGAAUCGAUUCAUUUAAUGCAUACAACAUGACUGUCUCAAAGAAAUUGACAAAUGUUCAAGUGUAACGAUAUUGAACUCAAAAGAUGCGACGAUUCAACAGAGCAGUAGCUGAGUUUAUCUGUCUGGAUCAAGGGGCAUUCUGGGACUUUGGCUAAUAUGCCUUCUUUUUGUCGUGAUGGUGUAUCGAGUAUCGUGAUGGAAUCGAGCAUCGUGAUGGUGUAUCGAGUAUCGUUUUGGAAUCGAGCAUCGUGAUGGUGUAUCGAGUAUCGUUUUGGAAUCGAGUAUCGUGAUGGUGUAUCGAGUAUCGUUUUGGAAUCGUGAUGGUGUAUCGAGUAUCGUUUUGGAAUCGAGUAUCGUGAUGGUGUAUCGAGUAUCGUUUUGGAAUCGAGUAUCGUGAUGGUGUAUCGAGUAUCGUUUUGGAAUCGAGUAUCGUGAUGGUAUCGAGUAUCGUUUUGGAAUGGAGUAUCGUGAUGGUGUAUCGAGUAUCGUUUUGGAAUCGAGUAUCGUGAUGGUAUCGAGUAUCGUUUUGGAAUGGAGUAUCGUUUUGGAAUGGAGUAUCGUUUUGGAAUCGAGUAUUAUACGUUUAAGUUCUGCUAUGUUCCCUCUCUCUGUCUGUGUGUGUGUUAACACAUCCUCUCUCCUCUAAAGGCAUGCAUCUGAACCAUGAUGACAUCAUGGCCGUGUCAGCCAAUCACCACCAUGGCUCUGGCAGACAGCUAGACACACACCUGGUGUCACUCAAGAGACGGGUAUACACACACACAGACAAUACACGCACGCACACACACACACACGGAGACACACACACAGAGACACAGACAGAGACACAGACAUCACUUAUAGAGUAAUAGAUUCUCGCUGACUCUCUCUGUCUCGCUCUGUCUCUCUCUCUCUCUCUCUCUCAGGUCCAGAGUAUUAAGCAGAACAACAGUAGUAUGAAACACUGUCUAGACGAGGGCAUCGACAGCCUGCGUCCUACAGGGGUACAUACAUCUCUCUCUCUCUCUCCUUCUUUAACUUGAUCUUCCCUGUCUUCCGGAGAUACCCAAGUAGGUCCACUCUACACCAGGGGUGUGUCUCAAUAGUCUAAAGUUUCCUUCUGAUCCUCUCCUUCAUCUAUACUAGGGGGUGUCAAACAAUCUGGCCGGCGGGGGAUUUGAGUAAAAACUAAAAUCUAUUAUUAUGUGUCACAGCUGGCCGUGACCGGGAAUCCCAUAGGUUGGCGCACAAGUAGCCCAGUGUCGUCCGGGUUAGAUGAGGGUUUGGCGUAGGGGGGCUUUCCUUGGCUUAUCGCGCUCUAGCGACUCCUUGUGGCGGGCCGGGCGCCUGCAAGCUGACCUCAGUCAGUUAACGGUGUUUCCUCUGACACAUUGGUGCGGCUGGCUUCCGGGUUAAGAGAACCUCCUAAGAAGCAGCGCGGCUUGGCGGGUCUUGGCGGGUCUUGUUUCGGAGGACUCAUAACCCGACCUUCGCCUCUCCCGAGCCCAUUGGGGAGUUUCAGCGAUGAGACAAGAUCGUAACUACCAACUGGAUAUCACGAAAUUGGGGAGAAAAAGGGGGUAAAAUUACAAACAAAACAAAAAAUAUAUAAAUAUAUAUAUAUAUAUAUAUAUAUAUAUAUACCGGACAUAUCUUCAAACAUUGUCUUGACUGUCCAGCUCGCUAAUAAUCACUUAUUAUUAUUAUUAUUAUUAUUAUUAUAAUUAAUUAUAAUAAUCACAGUCAGGGAGCACUGAAAAACGAUGGAUAGAGGACUAUUACUAUUUUUACUACAUUUCGACGGCAAGGAAAUGAAACCCAUUUUCAUUACGGUCCUCCAGACCUUGUUGAAGACCGACCGCAGCCCCCUGGUCUACACCCUCAUCCUCCUUGAUUGGUAAAUUAAAAGGUCACGGAUAAGUUAGGAACUCCCCUCACCUGGUUGUCUGGGUCGUAAUUGGACACAAAUUUAAUGGACAUAACAACAACCAGCAGACACUGGAGUUUGACUAACUCCUCCUCCUCACCCCAGAUCUCAAACUAACUCUUCCUCCUCUCACCCCAGAUCUCAAACUAACUCCUCCUCCUCACCCCAGAUCUCAAACUAACUCCUCCUCCUCACCCCAGAUCUCAAACUAACUCCUCCUCCUCUCCCCAGAUCUCAAACUAACUCCUCCUCUUCACCCCAGAUCUCAAACUAACUCUUCCUCUCACCCCAGAUCUCAAACUAACUCCUCCUCCUCACCCCAGAUCUCAAACUAACUCCUCCUCCUCACCCCAGAUCUCAAACUAACUCCUCCUCUCACCCCAGAUCUCAAACUAACUCCUCCUCCUCACCCCAGAUCUCAAACUCUUCCUCCUCUCACCCCAGAUCUCAAACUAACUCCUCCUCCUCACCCCAGAUCUCAAACUAACUCCUCCUCCUCACCCCAGAUCUCAAACUAACUCCUCCUCCUCACCCCAGAUCUCAAACUAACUCUUCCUCCUCUCACCCCAGAUCUCAAACUAACUCCUCCUCCUCACCCCAGAUCUCAAACUAACUCCUCCUUCUCACCCCAGAUCUCAAACUAACUCCUCCUCACCCCAGAUCUCAAACUAACUCCUCCUCCUCACCCCAGAUCUCAAACUAACUCCUCCUCCUCACCCCAGAUCUCAAACUAACUCCUCCUCUCACCCCCAGAUCUCCAAACUAACUCCUCCUCCUCACCCCAGAUCUCAAACUAACUCCUCCUCUCACCCCAGAUCUCAAACUAACUCCUCCUCCUCCUCACCCCAGAUCUCAAACUAACUCCUCCUCCUCACCCCAGAUCUCAAACUAACUCCUCCUCCUCACCCCAGAUCUCAAACUAACUCUCCUCCUCUCACCCCAGAUCUCAAACUAACUCUUCCUCCUCUCACCCCAGAUCUCAAACUAACUCUUCCUCCUCUCAACCCCAGAUCUCAAACUAACUCUUCCCUCUCACCCCAGAUCUCAAACUAACUCCUCCCUCCUCACCCCAGAUCUCAAACUAACUCUUCCUCCUCACCCCAGAUCUCAAACUAACUCUUCCUCCUCUCACCCCAGAUCUCAAACUAACUCUUCCUCCUCUCACCCCAGAUCUCAAACUAACUCUUCCUCCUCUCACCCCAGAUCUCAAACUAACUCCUCCUCCUCACCCCAGAUCUCAAACUAACUCUUCCUCCUCACCCCAGAUCUCAAACUAACUCUUCCUCCUCACCCCAGAUCUCAAACUAACUCUUCCUCCUCACCCCAGAUCUCAAACUAACUCUUCCUCUCACCCCAGAUCUCAACUAACCUCUUCCUCCUCUCACCCCAGAUCUCAAACUAACUCUUCCUCCUCUCACCCCAGAUCUCAAACUAACUCCUCCUCCUCACCCCCAGAUCUCAAACUAACUCCCAGAUCUCAAACUAACUCCUCCUCCUCACCCCAGAUCUCAAACUAACUCUUCCUCCUCACCCCAGAUCUCAAACUAACUCUUCCUCCUCUCACCCCAGAUCUCAAACUAACUCUUCCUCCUCUCACCCCAGAUCUCAAACUAACUCCUCCUCCUCACCCCAGAUCCCAAACUAACUCUUCCUCCUCUCUCUCCAGUCGGCUCCCAAGAUGAACUCUCGUUGGUCCACUGAGGAACAGCUUCUGGCUGUGCAGGGUGAGUUAACACACCCCCAAAAUACAAAUCAAUCAAGUCAGUAAAUCAAAUCAAUCAAUUUCUUUAUUGACACAGGAAAUUAUUGUAUUCCGGCAAAUACAACUCACAGAAGAAACACAGAAAACACAGUUUGAUAAUUGCAAUAUUGUGAUCUGAAACAUAACUUUCUCUUUAAGCACCCUAUCCUCUCUCUCUCUCUCUCCUCCAUCUCUUCCCAUCAGCAAUCCGUCGCUAUGGUAAGGACUUUACCGUGGUUGCCGAGGUGAUCGGCAACAAGACUCCGGCCCAGGUGAGCUCCUUCUUCGUUAGUUACCGACGGCGAUUCAAUCUGGACGAGGUCGUCAAGGAGUGGCAGGCGGAACAAGAAGUAGCCUCAACACAGGGGCAUUGUGAGAGUCGUAGUAGGAACGAAGAGAUGGGAGGAGCAGAGGAGGAGGUGAGGAGAGGGAGGGAGGGUCUGUUUUGGUAAAAGUUUGACAAGUUUCAGUUGCUGACCUAACUUUCUCCCCUCCCUCUCCUCCAGAUAAAGAUGGAAGAUGCUACUCCCCCUGGCGGUGACGCCAACUCCCCCUCUCACCCCUCAUCCAAUAACCACACCCCUCCUCCUUCCCUCUCCCAGCCUCCCCCCUUACUGCGCCCGGCUCCCCCCUCCGCCCCCCCCAGCCUCCUCCGGCAGCCCCCUCCACUCCAGACCCGACCCCUCCAGAACCGAACCCCCCACAACCACCCCCCUCCCCCGUUGAUCCGUCCUGCAGUAGCACCUCCAGGCCAACAGGGGAGCUCUAGUCUCCGUAGGGAACUAGGAAACAACCUCCGCUCCUCUCCUCCUGUUUCCUCUGGUACUGGUCAGCCUCCCUCACUGGUGGGGCUCAAAGUAGAGCAAACCAACUCUCAC